AUGCCUGUAUGGUGCCACAUGUUUGUACAAACUCUGACGGAGGGAGCCCGGCUCUGGUUUGACAGCCUCCCUCCGGGGGGAAUCGACAGUUAUAAAGAGCUAAGCGAGAAGUUCCUCAGGAACUUUGGUCAGCAGAGAAAAGUGGUCAAGAAUCCAAACGAGAUUCUACACAUAAGGCAGCGGGACAAUGAGCGAAUAGACCAAUACAUGGAGAGGUUUAUCAAGGAGAGCAUGAACAUCAAGGAUGUCCCGAAGGUCAUGAAGAUUAGCAGUUUCAUAAACGGGCUAAAGCAUGCACAGCUGUGUGAGAAACUGGGGGAGGAGUUCCCCCACUCGUUUGACAACCUCAUGGACAGGGUCAGAGCCUUUGUCAGAGGAAAAGACACAGUCAACAAAGCCAAGGAGACGGACGUCACACCUCGAAGAAUCACCCCAGCUGUAAAGCCUCCUGACAAAGGUACACCUUACUCCAGAAAACCCACUUUUGAUAGAAUGUUGCACGACAGGGCAAGGCCUUCGUACUCCCCAUAUAGACCCCAGGGGAGAGGUCUCCCUCCUUACUCUGAUAAUUUCACCCCUCUCACUAAAACCCCUAGCGAGAUACUGGCUACUGAGAGGGUAAAGAACUCCUUCCCAAUGCCACCACCCAUAAAACCUGGGCCAAAGGCACAACCAAGCGAGUAUUGUGACUUCCACAAAGGCUUUGGGCAUAAAACUGAUGACUGCAUGUAUCUAAAGAGAGAGAUAGAGGCUGCAGUGAAAACAGGAAGGCUGGCCCACUUGGUCAAGGAAAUCAAGGAGGGAGGAGGGGAUCGCAAGGGAAGAGAUGCAAGGGAGCUUGGGAGGGCAGAUGUGGAUAUGAUUAGAAGGAGGAAUGAAUCCGAUACCACCCGGAGUGUAAAAGCCAGGAUCCUGGGCUCCCCGAACUGCAUGAAAGCUCCCAUCCUCAUGCCACACUUGGAGGAAAAUGAAGUACAAUGA